AUGGCCGAGAACGCGCUGGACGCCAAAGAGCGUCUGUGGAACCCCCAGGACUGGUGUUGGGACCCCUACAAUAUGUUGGCCCUGGCAUCAGAUCGCAAGGGCCUCGCCGUGGCCGGCAAAGCCGUCUUUGGAGGGCUUCCCUAUGCCGUCCAACCCCAGCUUGGCCCAGCAGCGUCCCUGCUGCUGGAUGACGUGAAUCGCAGUGGAUGCCGCGGGAAGGGGCCCGCAGUGUGCCAGGUUGACGGCUGCUCAGCGGAGCUGACGGGCCUCAAAGAAUACCACCAGAGGUACAAAAUAUGCGAGUUCCACUUGAAGGUGAACAGCAUCAUCCGGGAGGGCAAGCGCCAGCGCUUCUGCCAGCAGUGCGGCCGCUUUCACGACCUGACGAGCUUUGAUGGGGACAAGCGCAGCUGCCGCGCGCGCUUGCAACGCCACAAUGCGCGGCGCCGCAAGAAGCCAGCCGAAAGUGGUGGCAGCGGCGCCAAGCCGGGCGUCAAGAAGCCACCGCCCACCCCGCUCAUGGUCAAGGGCUCGCGUGACUUUGUUCGCACCGACAGCUCCAAGCAGAGGCAGACAUCCGACUCGACGAUGGACCAGAUGAGCACCCCACAGGGCAGCCUGGAGGCGAGCUCGCGGCAGCAGAUGAGCAUAAAGAGCGGAUCCAUGGAGAGCCAGGGAACCAUCCGCCAGCUGAUCCGCGGCGGAAGGACCCUCCCCGAGGAAGGCCCCUCUGGCCAGCAGCUGGCCGCUCGCCUGCAGAGCAGCUCCUUCGCAUCCGAGCAGAUGCAUGUGACCGGCUUUGGCGACUCGGACGGGGCGCCUAUGACAGCUGGUCAGUCAAGCGUGCCUUCUUCAAACUACGGUGACAUCCCGCCAUCCACAUAUGCCGCAGACUCCUCCAUGGAGAACUUGGACUGCCUGCAGGACAUCAAUUUCUUCGCCCCCCAGCAGUCCUCCCCAAUGCCCGACUACUCUGACCUGAAUCAGGCGGCCACUCAGAUGCAGGCGACUUUUGCCGCAGACCCAGCGGCCAUGGACUUGGGCCAGGCGGCUGCAGCAAGCAAGGACACGACUGCAUUCCUGGUGGAGGAGGCUCGCGCGCUGCUGUCCUACGCUGGUCAGUACCAGGCCUUGGAGUACACCGCAGAGGAGCACUUCACACGGAUGUCAGCGAAGAUGUUCAAGUGCACGCCGGAGCAGCUGCCGGCGGACCUGAAGGCCAACCUGCUGGCAAUGCUGCAGUGUGGGGUUAACGCGCUGGAGGGCUACAUCCGCCCCGGCUGCGUCCAUCUCACUCUGCACGCCAUGCUGGGCCCAGACGCCGGCGCCGCGCUGCAGGCAGGAUGUCAUUCAGGCAUGGGCGUGCGCGCUCUGGUGCACAACCUCGUCACUGCCUCCAACGACACGCUCUGGCGCUCCGAGACGCUGCUGAUUCAAUGGUAUGAGGAGGUGGCCCUGGUCCGCUACGGCAAGGUGCUGCACGUGCUGUCGGCCAGCGGCAGCCGCGGCGUGCUGCCCCGGCUGCACAGCGUGUCGCCGCUGGCCGUCACCUCAGCCGCCGCCACCACCGUCAAGCUGAUCGGCUCCAACAUCGCUGCGCCCGACAACACCGUCCUCGCGCAGAGCCAGGGCGAGAAUGUGGCGAUAGAGGUGGUGUCAGCGGAGGCUGACAUGGAGGGAGCACCAGAGGAGGUGUCGAGCAUGCUGGAGGUGGCGGUGCCUGCCGGCCAGCGCAACGGCGUCGUGCACCUUGAAGUGGCGCGCGGCGCACUCCUCAGCGGACCCAAGCCUCUCUUGAUCUUGAAGGACGCUGCAGCCGCAGAGGAGAUCAACCAGCUGGCGCAGGGCGACUCAACCGGGCUGGAUGUUGAUGGGUUCCUGCUGGACAUGGGCCGUGUGCUGGAGCUUAAAAAUGCUGUGGCUGCUGCCAAGUUUGGCACAGAGGUGCACGUGCGCACCUUUGCUGCCGAUGACGUCGCCGUCAUUGCGCAGAUCGCACGCCGGCAGCUCAUUGUGGCCAUCAACAAGGGGUGGCUGAGCGUGGCGCGGCUGGUGCUGCCUGUCGCGAUGGCGGAUGCUAAGAGCGUCGCUGAGGCCGUGCGCAAGCUUGAGGAGCUCACAGACGGCCUCCCCCUGCUCCACCUUGCUGUCCGCUCCCAGAGCGCCUCCCUGGUGGAGCUGCUGCUGGAGUGGACGAGCGUGGGAGGCUACGAGCUGCGUGCCGGCACUCCCGGGCCUCACGGCUUGACCGCUCUGCACCUGGCCGCCAUGCUCAAGGAUGGCGGCAAGCUUGCUGCACUACUCACGGCUCUGUGCGUGGAUGGGGCGACUGCGUGGACCCAAGCAGGCAGUGCGGGCGCCAGCCCAGCAGACCUGGCCAUUGCGAUGGGCAAUCACGGCACACACGAGCUUGUCUACCAGCAGCUGUGCGAUACCAUGGCCGCAAGCACCAAGGGCUCCUCUGAUGAGGAGCUGGAGGACGCAGACAUGUGCGAUGAUGAGGACUACGAUGACAUUGAGGUGGACUCUGAGACGGGCGAGCUUCUGGACCUCAGCGAAAUCAUCUGCCGAGUCAGAGGCGGCGGCAGCGAUGUUGACACCCUGGAUGCAGCUCUCCACCAGCACACCAAGAACGGAGAGCCAGCACAUGUUGAAGCGGCUGCCAAAGCCCAGCCCGAGGCUGCCAGGACUGCCACUGGCACUGCCGAGCCGCCACAGCACGCGCCAAUCCACAAGGUGUCGCCGGAUGAGGCAGGGCGCAGCGACGGCAGCAGCUACACCAGCACCAGCAGGAGUAGCAGCGAUGCCAAUUCGCUCCUGUCUGACUGGCCCUCCCAGAGCUGCGACAGCCUCGGCCUUCGCAAGCGCAGCCCCGAUGUCCCACCUGUCCGCGAGGGCGUGGAGUUCACCCCGGAGCAGAAGGGCGGAUCGAAGGGGCGGGACGCCGAUUACAGCAGCCUGUACAACAUCGGCUCCUGCAUCGGCCUCAAAGUGGCGCCCACCGUCUUCGACCGCACCUCGGCCAUCGGCAGUGCGCUGCUCAUCGCAGCCUGCGGCGCACUCACCCUCUUCUUCCGCUACUUUGGCAGCAUCUUCCUGGACUGA